AUUCAUGAGGGUUCACAAAGAACAAUGGAGUAGAUGGCGGGAAGCUUUUUAGAGGAUUUGGUGAUGAAAAGAAGCGGAAAUUUAKGCGUAAUCUGAAAGGAAGAGUUGCCAAAUCAGCGUAGUAAGCCGUCACAACGAGUGGGAAUCAAGGGGGAAAGUCUUGUCGAAGGGCAACUUCUGUSAUUCGAUGUGACAUUGAUCACACACGUACACACGCGUCGACAAGGAAAUUCAAAAUGUACGCUUUAGUGUAGAGGCCUUUGAACAGUUUGAAAGCGGAUUUGUACUCGUUAAUAAACUACGAUUCUUUUGAGGGAAAGAUGUCUGCGAUAUCAGUUCUGUGGACUGUCCUUUCUGUAGUGUUUACUGGUCUGUGGUCAAUCUCCGUAAUUUCUCCUUUCUGGUUUGAGAAUGUGCCAGAUCCUGAUCCUUUGUCAUCUGAUAACAGUUCUUUUGCUGCUUUUGGGAUCCUUAGAUUUUGCUCUAAGAAAGAUGUUCAGUCAGUCUUUGAUAUGAAUGAAUGGACAGACUUUAAAACGUGUGCAUUUUACAAAAGCUUUCAAGAAAUCCCGUCAUUGUUCUGGCAAUUUGGAAUUGUCUUUUAUGGAGUUGGUUUUCUUGCAUCAGUUUGUGCAGUCAUUUUUGCUCAUAUCUCUUGCUGUCAUAAAAUUGUCUGUGGAAAAUCUGUCUUUGGAGUUGCAGGCAUAUUGCAAAUCACCUCAGUAAUUUGCAUGACAGUCAGUUUGGUUCUUUUCCCAUUUGGAUUCAACAGUGAAUUUGUUGAGAAACAUUGCGGAGCUUCAGGCUUGUUUAAACCUGGUCGCUGCCACAUUUCCUGGGCAUACACUGUUGCAAUUAUGAGCACAGGUUUAUUUAUUUUUUGUCCCAUUUUAGCUAAACAUUUAUUUUUAAUCACACCAAGAUCAAAAGCAACUGUGGUAUAGCAUGCUUGUACAGUUUUUUUUUCCAAAAGCUUGAUUGUCCAGCUACGUGUUCACCAUUCAUAAAGUAGCCUGUGUUACAUCYGGAAUUUAUCUACAGAAAUUAGAUAGAAAUUUCCAGAUGCAACACAGGUUAUUCAUAAAGUGGUUACCAGAGACAAUGAAAAAAUGAAAAUAAGAACAGAUUAAGUGAAAUGUGAAUUCAUAAUUUCAUGUGAUAGUCUAAUCACUGUGAUUGCAAUAAUGCACAACUAAUAGUAAAUUUGACAUAAACAUGGCACAGUGAAUUGAUGCUGAAGAGAAUUUGAUUGAAAAUGAGAAAUUAUCAYAAUAAUGAUGAGAUGUUAUAUACUCAGUAAAGUGCCAGAAUUGCAAUAUCAUCAUUCUCCUAAUAUGAAGCUAUCUCCAUUUAACGGUUGUCAAUUUGAUAAUAUAUCUUUGUAAGCAUUGCUAAGAAUCGUUCUAUUAUUAUAUGGCUAAUGUGUCUCUGUCAUCAACUGGACAAUCUUGUGGAUUUUAGCUAAGUGUAUAUUGUAUUUUGUUUAUAAUUUAUUUUKAUCUUUAAAAUGAGCAUUCACUAAGAUGCACACACAAACGUGAACAUGCUGAUUUUGAAGUUAACAUAUUAUAGGGAUUUUUAAUACAUCACAGAUUCAACAAAAAAUUCCUGAAUCUAUGGUAAAUAUCUGUUUGUGUUUUUCUGACAUCCCAAUAUCACAGAUUUACUAGUUGCCUAAGUAUGUCAUUGUAUAAUUAGAAAUUAAAGAACAUAUUUCCACACAGAUUCAUUCAAGUAUUGCUAACACAAAUCAAGAUUUGUUUCAUGCACAGUGUCAGGUUGAACCCAUGACAAUUUUACACUUAACUAAUGCGUUUCAAGCAUAUUCAAAACAAAUUGAUGAUUUAAGGGUUUUCACUCAAAAGGCACCAUUUCCUUAAGCAAAUGCACUGUAUAAAAAUUAUAUUMUAAUUUGUACAUGUAUAUAUUUGUAUAUCAAAAGCUGAAACAUGUUAAGCUGUAAGAUAAGCUACUAUUACAUACUCACUACUCUUCACUCUAGAUCAUAGAUAGAGCCAGAAACCAUAAUAUAGCAAAACAUAAGCUCACUAAGCAUUCCAUAUUUGCACCUUAUUACCUUGGAGAUAAUGUACAAUAAAGUAACUUGAUUUGGCCAUUUGGUUGGUCAAAUUGUUACAACAAACAACAAGCUCAUGAAUAUUCAUCAUUAUCACMAUGAUAUUUAGUGCUAAAUGAAAACUAAUUGAUCUAAAUGAAUCAUAAUUAUAUCAGUUGUAGAGCUAAUUUUUGUAUUUUAGUGAUGAACCAAUCUAUUAUUAUGUUCUCAGAGACAGCUCUUUAGAUAUAGUCUAAAUGUACUAUAAAUAUUGUGAAACUCUUAGAUACAUGCAUCAUAGAGUGAAUUUUGUAUGGCUGUGCAAAGGCACUGAUCAAAGCACAGGCACAGAACCUUGCCAGGCAAAGAUGGUAACUGAAAGUACUGACUUAAGAACACAUCACCACAGCACCAAACAGACAUGACUCAAUGCUUUAUGCACACACAUAUAAAAUCCACUCUAAUACCAUUGUACAGUGAGGCCUGGAGAUGCCUUCCAAACCAYGCAUUAUAAUAAGUAAUCAACUAACUACAGUGGCUAUAUAUAAAUAUUUUGAAAUAUGGAGCAGCAGACUAACAGCUGGUUUGUAUGUAAUCAGGAAACAGGUUUUAGCAUGAUAGUCUGUACUGUUACAGCCUGGUUUUUUAAAGUUCUGGCUGCAAUAGGCCUUUUCUGAAAUAGCAUGACGCUUUGCAUCGUGGUCUAGAUUCGGUACAAACAUCUUUUGUUCAUGUGGCCAAAUAUGGUGUUGUUUGUACUGAAACUAGACCACAAUGCACUAUGAUUUCGUAUCUCAGAAAAGGUCUAUGUAGAGUAGUUUAUCAUGAUUCUGUUACAAUUUUAUUAUUUAUUUAAUUUGAUUAAGUCAAUUGACCAGAAAAAUUUUCCAUAAUGACAAAUUAGGGGURCCAUUGGGUAAUAUCAUCGGUAGGGAACAUGAGUUUUGUAAAAGGUAAUAAUGCCAUAUGAAGAUAGCCUGAUGUAUGUAGCAUUUUAAAAAAGCCACAAUUCAUGCACAAUUGUCAUUGAAGGGUUUUCAAACUUAGCCUAUAAUGAGGGYAAAUAGUCAUGCCUAUAUUCUUUGAUGCAUAAAUUGUGGACURUAGUAUUUCUGGUUCAGACUUGAUAUGAUCAUUAUAAGCAGCAGGGAACUAGCUAAUUAUAAAAUGUGACGAGCCUUAUUUUGGUGCUAGCCUMUUGCUUUGGAAAUUUUUAGGUUGGAUUUAGUCAUCAUGCGAUCAUGCAAACUUCAAGCUCAUAGCUUCUAUGUAUGUGAAUAAAGUAAACUGACAGAUUUGUUCCUCACUACUGACUAUGGCAUGAUCAAGUCCACCAUUAUUCAACUAAAUGUAAUUUCUAAACAUAUAUUUGUAAAUCUUUUUAAUCCAGUCAUUUCAAUGUCUUUAUUUAUGUAUUUUAUAACUCAGAUAUUUGAAUCUUACUUCUAUCAAGGCCUUGAUGAAAACAUUUGUUAAAGUCUUUCCUAUAAUAUGAGCUAUUUUAGAUUUUUUUUAUGAUGAUGGCUAAUUCAUUUAAAUUCUGUAUGAAUGAAUGAAAUAAUAAGAAAAUGUAUGAAUUAAUUGAAUGAAUGAAUUCAGGAAUAAUUGAAUUACAGAAUAUUAUAAAGGACAUACAUGUAUACUUGAAAAAUAAUAUUAUUAAAUGAUUUUAUC